UACCAUAAAGUUGCAGAAGUUAUACAUUGGCACAGAGAACAAUGUACUGUGUGUACUAUAACAGCAACUAUUGAUCUGUGUACUGAUAAGGCAUCAAGUCUACUAUAAAGUAGAAGACUAUAAACCGGUGUACACUGUCAAUAGGCAUAAACAGAGCUCAGUAUCUUUACUGUAACAGCAACUAUUGAUCUGUGUACUCAUCCUGCUUCAUAUAGAGAACUACCACAAAGAGACCACUAGAUGGCGAUGCCCCGGUUGUUUCUCAGCAUUCUGCUGACCUCACAGUUGACUGUCUACCUGCCAAGUGAAGCCCAAAUCCCUCCCCUUCCCACUUCCAGCCCGAGCUGCCUAGCUUAUCCCGGUGUUCCUGGCACACCUGGUCAUAACGGUCUGCCUGGGAGAGAUGGGAGGGACGGGCAUGAUGGAGUAACAGGACCCAAGGGAGAGAAAGGAUACCCUGGAGGAAUAGGGGCACAGGGACCCCCUGGUGAUGUGGGGCCAGCUGGACCUAAAGGGGAGAUAGGGGAGCCAGGAGAUGCUGGAGGAAACAGUGUGAUCAGCCAUUUACUCGCUGAGAUCCAACAGCUCAAAGCCAGACAGGCUAAUCUUGAGAAAGAACAGCCUCAAUUCAUCGGGGCAUGGACUCUACAAGGUGUCGAAAGCGUUCCACAGGGAUGCUGGGCCAUGUUGACUCCAAUGCUUCCCACAGUUGUGUCAAGUUGGCUGGAUGUCCUUUGGGUGGUGGACCAUUCUUGAUACACACGGGAAACUAUUGAGUGUGAAAAACCCAGCAGCAUUGCAGUUCUUCACACACUCAAACCAGUGUGCCUGGCACCUACUACCAUACUCCGUUCAAAGGCACUUAAAUUGUUUGUCUUGACCAUUCACCUUCUGAAUGGCACACAUACACAAUUCAUGUCUCAAAUUAUUCUUUAACCUGUUAUUCUUUAACCUGUCUCCUCCCCUUCAUGUAUUUCAAUAAGGGAUCAUAGCUUUCACCUGGAUUCACCUGGUCAGUCUAUGUCAUGGAAAGAGCAGGGGUUCCUAAUGUUUUAUACACUCAGUGUGUUUCACAUUUAUAUCCACAUUCAACAAGGAAAUCGGUCAGUAUGACUCACAGAAACGAUUACAUUAUUUAUUUCAAGCUGCAAGCUUCAAGGUCUUCCAGAAGGCAGGGGACAAAUAUCUGGUGUCCAAUGGAGUGCUGGGGAGUUUCGAUGAAGGUUUGAAGUUCUGCAACAACUUUGGUGCGACGCUGGUUAUGCCAAGGAAUGAUGUGGAGAACCAAGCUCUUUCCAAAUUCAUUGUUGGUGCUUCUUAUGGUUUCCUGGGAGCAACAGACAGGAAAACAGAGGGUGUUUGGGUAGAUUUGAAUGAUGAGCCACUGACGUAUCUGGACUGGCUGAGUGGAGAACCAAACAGUGGAGGUAAUGGUAUAGAAGACUGUAUUGCAACAACAACCUCUGGACCUUGGGUUGAUAUUACCUGUGACGCAAACUUUGUUAUAAUAUGUGAAAUUUAAACAUUUAAAGAUGGGAUUUCUGUCCAUAAAAUAACUGACCUACAUUUUUAUUGCUCCUUAAUGAAUAUUCAAGCAAAUUAUCUUACCAAAUCUUACAAGGCAAUAGUAAUAUAUCACAACCAUCCAGCAGACACUGUUAUUGAGAGCUGCAAAUUAUUUACAGACUGUCAAUAAAAUGAAUAAAAACA